GUCCAUGCAUCUCUACCUCGAUCGUCAGUCCAGCUUGUGGUCGACGUACUACGUCAUCCUAGGUUAAAUUUCCACCGUCGUCAGCCACAAUAUGGCUGCCAUGCUCGUCCGCUCGUCGCCUUGCCUCCUCCUCGUCGCCGUCAUCGCGUUGUGCGCGUCGUCGUCCUGUGUGCUUGUUGUGCCGGCGGCGGCGACCAUGGCUGAGAACGCCGUGCAGCAGCCCGCGAUGCCGUCGUCGCCCCAGCAGCCGGGCCUAGCUGCUACUACCGCAGGUCAGACGACCACCGCCACGCCAGAUGCAUCGUCGUCGACGUCAGCCGCGGUGGCGGCGCUCCCACCGUCGGCGCCGUCUGGAACCGCAACCGCCGCCACCGCUCCGAAGAAGUUCCCGCAACCGAGCCCCGGCGGCGUGGGCGGCGGGCCGUACCAGCAGCCAGGCGGCGUGGGCGGGCCGUACCAACCAGGCGGCGUCGGCGAGCCGUACCAGCCAGGAGGCGGAGGCCACGGCGAGCCGUACCUGCCCGCGGCGGAGGUGGCCUCGGCGCUGCCGGUGCCGACGCCCGACGAGCUGCCCAGCGGGGCCAGCCUGGGGUUCGGCAGCAACGGUGGCCUCGGGUUCGGCGGCCCCGGCGACGAGUGCUGCGGCGGCCCGGGAGGCUACGGCUGGUUCGGCGGGCCCGGCGGCUUUGGCCCCGGAACCUACGGAUACAGUGGGCCCCUCUACUGGGGGGCGGCGCCGGCAGCGGCGGGGUCCUUUGGACGCGUCACCAACGUCCUGCUGCCUCUCGUCGUGGCUUAUGUUUCUUCAUGCGUUUUCGCUUAGCUUUUACUGUACUAUUUUUACUACUAUGGCCCCCUAUAGCAAGGCUCUAGCUUGCUCCGGCUCUGGCUUCUCUGGUUUAUUGGCUUCUCUCGACGAGCCAAAGCUGUUUUGUAUUUUCGUUUGGCAAAAUAGCUCCUCCUGUGUUUUUCGAAUCGUGUAUAAGGAAAAUGUCCAUAGUACCUAUGCCUCGUUUAUUUAGUUGUACACAUAUAAGGAGCAUAUAUAUUAUUACGUAUGAAUAUUACGACAUUAAACAUAGUCAUAUGAGC